AAACCCACGCAGGGACGCGAAGGACACGCAAACUUCACACAGGAAGCACCCAAAAAGGAGCGUGAUCUCGUCGUUCACUUCAAGGAGCCGAGUCAAAGAGCUGUUUCGUUUGCAACCGGCACAUGACUAGGGAGUGAUCAUGGCGGACCUUGGUAUCAAAAUGGGGGAUAAGGUGCUGUUGGUUUGGACUCAGCCAUCAUCCCCUACCACUCUAAAACACUUUGCAGAGGAUCUGAGGGCCAUUGUAGGUGCAAAUGGUAGCGUUUCAGUGGAAAAUAUGGAAAUGUUCUUGCUGUCCUCCUAUGCUGAAUCCUCAUUUGACUGGGUGCUCUCUUGCCUUCUGUCGGACAGCUUUUCCAUCCACACUUCAGAGAAUCUGGCAGAGAUGGCCAGAGUACUCAAACCUGGUGGGAAGCUAGUUCUGGAUGAACCCGUUACAGGAGUUGACGCACAGAGUGUGAGGACUGCUGAGAAGCUGACAUCCGCUCUCAAGUUAUCAGGCUUGAUGUCAGUGACACAGGUCAGUAACACACAACUGAGCUCAGAGGCUUUGAACUCUCUCCGGACAGCUGCGGGCUACCGUGGGAGCACGCUGUCAAGAGUACGCUUAUCUGCAGCCAAACCAAAUUUUGAGGUCGGAUCAUCCAGUUCACUCAAGUUGUCAUUUGGGAAAACUGCUCCUCAGCCAGCAGAGAAAAUAGCUCUGGAUCCAAACACAGUCAAAAUGUGGACACUAUCAGCGAACGACAUGAAUGAUGAUGACGUGGACUUAGUUGAUUCUGAUGCUCUGCUUGAUGAAGAAGAUUUGAAGAAGCCAGACCCAGUGUCUCUUAAAGCCCCCAGCUGUGGGGCAGGUGCAAACAAAAAGAAGAAAGCCUGCAAGAACUGCACAUGUGGCCUUGCUGAGGAACUGGAGGAGAGUAAAGCAAAACCGAAGACAAAUCUUCCAAAGUCUGCCUGUGGAAGUUGUUACCUUGGUGAUGCAUUCCGAUGUGCCAGUUGUCCAUACCUGGGGAUGCCAGCAUUCAAGCCAGGGGAGAAGAUUGUGUUGAAAAACAGCACACUGACAGAUGCUUGAAACUCCAAGUCUCACACAUCCAGCUCUGUGCUUCAGUAUAUCAUUCCAGCGAUUCACAAUGCCACACUCACGCCAACCCCUUGUUUCUCUUCGAACAAAUUGCUGUUAAGGGCUCAGUGCUUGUCGAAAGUUCUAGUUUUAGGUUCGUUCCAACAAAACCCAUUUUUAUUAUUUCCCCAUUGCUCUAAACAGAUCAUACCAAAGUGUAUUACUGCCACAGCAGGAGGAAAAAAAAACAAUCUAUAUCACAUUAGAAUGUGAUACAUUUCAUGUAACAAUAACACAUUUUGCACCACAAAACAAAUUCUCUCUGGUCAAGGUCACUGCUGGAGCCCUUUUUGUGAUAUUGAGCAUUUUAUGUUUGGCUGGUGUUGCAGCUAGCUAUGUGCUUCCCUAUGAUCCAUAUAAUCAAUCUUCUAAUAUUGGACAGGUCAAAGUGAAAAUAGUGCCCAUUCAUUUGUGUAAAUUAUUUUGAGCUGCGUGGAGGAACUAGAAACAAGAAAAACAAAAGGGAACAUUUUUUGCAGUAAAAAGCACGCAGAACUGUGUCUACAAAAACCACAACAAAUGACAGCUUCUGACAUGUUAAAAUUAAAUACACGAAGCCUAAAUGAUAAUUUGGCAGCCUCUUUCUUUGUCACUGUGGUAUUCAUAAAAUGACUUGUUUGCCAGUGUACACUUAUUCUUCAGCAAAACUAAUUUCACAUGUGUAGUUAUUAAAAUUAAAUGCUGCUUUCAUCAACAGA